ACUCAACUCACCAAUUUACUUCAUAAUCUUUGCUUACUGCUCUGUAUUACUACAAUUAAAAUUCCCAAUUACUCUUAUUUUCUCUCUCUAAUUUUGAAGAAAAGUUAAACCUAAACGUGAUGAAUACGACAACGAUACAAACCCAAAGAGGAGCCGCCGGAGAUAUCGAGACUUCCGCCAUGGCCAACUGUCUUAUGCUUCUAUCCGCUCAUAGCGCCGCCGUAUCUUCCUUCACUGGCGUCGUUGGGAACGCUGAACAACAAGUAGCCGGACGUAUGUUCACGUGCAAGACGUGUGACCGUAAGUUUCCCUCGUUCCAGGCGUUAGGAGGACACCGUGCUAGUCACAAGAAGGCCAAGUCACCGAACUCCGUUGAUUUUCCCGAUGAGUCUGGUUUGCCGGCAAAGCAGAAGAUUCACUCUUGUAAGUUUUGCGGCAUUGAGUUUUCGACUGGUCAAGCACUCGGCGGUCAUAUGAGGCGGCACAGAGAGAAUAUAGUCGUUGUUGGCGGCGGCGGUGUUGUUUCAGCGGCGGUGAGCGGUGUGACAACAGAGGGUAGUUCUGGAAGCAGCGAAAGCAAUGAUGGUGGGAAGAAGAGGAAGAUGAGCGACGACGUAUCGGAGGUUCCGAUAUUAAAGAAAUCGAGUAGUAGUAAGAGAGUUUGUUUGGACUUGGAAUUGGAUUUAGCGCUGUGGAAGAAAGUAGAGGCAGAAAAAAUGGUUGCUGUUGCGAAGUAUGCAGAUGAUGAUUAUGAGAUUGAACAUGGUGAGAUCGUGGAACAACAUCAUGAACAAGCGGCUGCUGCUUCUGGUGUCGAAGAUGUUUCUGGUGUUGAAGAUGAGGAGAAGGAUUUUCUCAAGCUGGAAUUAAGACAGCCGAUUAAUUGCUGGUGAUUUCAUCAAUAAUUUUUCACUGACUAAUGAUUUAAUGGGUAUUAUUACUUUUGAUUUGUUGAUUAAUUUCUCUGGUGUACAGAUUGAGAUAAUAGAACAGUAUUAGUCGUUUUAAUUAGGUGAUUAAGUAGGGAAAAUAUGGUGAUGUUUAGACGAUUUCGUUACAUGCUUUUACGUACACAUUACAGUUAGGGGAUCUGUUUAUUUUUUCGACAUGAGUUUAUUUGUCAUUUUGUAAUCCAUUAUUUAAUUGAUUCUAUCA